AUGGGAAAGUUUGAACUAUUCGAUUUAGGAUUUGAAGGAACAACAGUUAGAGAUUGCCUUCGGUUUCAAAAAGAAAAGACUAAUGACGUAAUAUUCUUUGAUGAUAAUGGGAUCUAUGGAUCCACAUAUUCUGGAUAUUCGGGCUUGAAGAACAGCAAAUAUAUCAAGAAUUGUAUUCUUAAUAAGGGAAGCGGGGAGUCCAAGCUCCUGCUUGAAGCGUUUCCUGCAGUAUUUCGUCCUACAGAUAAACAUAUGCCAAAGUUGAAGGAAACAGGGAUGGCAGAAUUUCUUACCUUAAUAGAGAUAAAGAAACAUUUCUAUAUCGAUUCUUCUGGAAAAGCACACCAAAUACCUUAUACUAGAACAGAGAUUGCAGACUCAGAUGUCUUAAGUCUUCGAGAAAAGCUUUUGAUUGGGAAAACACUUAGGGGUGGAAUGGCUCCAAAUGAGCUUUAUACUUUAUUAUCUGAAAAGUCAAGAGAGAUAUUAAUUAAUGGGAUUAUUGGUGAAGAUAGAGAUUACCUUGAAAAAAUGUACAGGUACAUAAGGAACUUUGGGAACACACCAUUCCUGUAUCCUCAGUAUGGUUUCAAGGAAAUAUCAGAGAUGUUCUCAAGAUCCAAUUCAAUGUGUGGAGCCGGAUAUGUCCUUGACAGUGCACUAAAGGUUACCGGCAGAACUAGAGAAUCGCUGGGCAUGUUCUCUCCCGAAGAAAAUGACGGAGAGGAGAUUCCUUCGGAGUACAUGCACAGAAUCGACACUACCUAUGGAACAAUUUUUACAAAGAGGAUCAUAAGAGCUAAGAAUGAGAAGCUAACAGGAUAUGUAAGAGUUAUUAAUACCAGAAGACCAACACUUGGAAAAACCUUUUUUGCUCUUGCAUUAAGAGAAACUCUGAUGAAGGUAAUUGGGUUAAAUUCUGACACUGACUGCUGUCCAGAAGGAACCUAUCUUAUAUACAUUAUCAAAAAGGACAAACCUGUGGAUGAAGAAGAUCUUAAACUUCUUCAUAUGGAAGAAAAGGACAUAAUUGAAGAUAUCUCAUAUCAAACAAAAUUUUCUUUUGAAUCCGAUUCUUUGGAUGGAUGA